UUGUGUUGAUUGUCAAACAUUUAAACGCGUUUUGUGUUCAGAAUAUUAAUACUAACCGUACUCAAUAAGAAGGUUAUUUGAUUAUAUCUUGAAACUCACCUCUAUUGUAUGCGCAAUGGUUUGGUCUGUAGUAGGUGGGACUCAGGAGUGGUCAGCAGGACGUCGUAGAUCAAUGAACUGAACUGAGUUUUGAUGCCUGGGUUGGACGACACUUUGGUGGGAUUAAACCAUAUAACCUACGCAGUGUAGCCUAUGUUAGGUAGCCUACGGAUGUGACAACGCGACAAGGACAUUUGAAUCAGGAUCGAAAACGGAGUCUAUUUCAAACCCGGUCGAUAUGCGGAUUUUUUCCAAAUAAACCCACUGGCUUUAAAUAAACGGGUCUGCAUGUAGCUGAAUUUUUGUGGGGAAACAAGCUUUUUAUCUCGGAAUAACUGGAAUAGGCUAUCCAGGAUGAUCUUUGCAAACACUGCCAACCCGUUGAAGAGCACAUAUCGGAAGCAGUCGUACCCCAUGGCUCCAGCCAGCCCCAGCACGGUGAGCACCAGCAGCAACAGCAGCACCACAGGAUGGGACCAGCUCAGCAAAACGAACCUGUACAUCCGCGGCCUGCCUCCAGCAACCACUGACCUGGACCUGGUCAAGCUCUGCCAGCCAUACGGCAAGAUCGUGUCGGCAAAGGCCAUCCUCGAUAAAACAACGAACAAAUGUAAAGGGUAUGGAUUUGUGGACUUUGACAGCCCUGCAGCAGCCCAGAAGACGGUCCAUGCCCUAAAGACCAGUGGGAUACAAGCCCAGAUGGCUAAGCAGCAACAGGAGCAGGACCCCACCAACCUGUACAUCUCCAACCUGCCUGUGUCUGUAGACGAGCAGGAGCUGGAGGGGCUGCUGAGGCCUUUUGGACAGGUCAUCUCCACCCGCGUCCUCAGAGACUACAGCGGGGCCAGCAGAGGGGUCGGCUUCGCCAGGAUGGAGUCCAAGGAGAUGUGUAACUCAGCCAUAGCCCACUUCAAUGGGAAGUUUAUCAAGACGGCGCCUGGAACUAUGGCUCCCUCUGAGCCCCUGCUGUGUAAGUUUGCCGAUGGUCAGAGGAAGAGGCACAGCCACAGUCCAUACAUCCCCAGCGGUCGCACUUGGCCCCGAGAGGGAGAGCUCAGACUUGGCGGGAUGACUCUCACCUACGACCCCACCUCAGCUGCUAUGCAGAACGGCUAUUAUGCCUCUCCCUACACCCUAACGGCCAAUAGGAUGAUGGCUCAGCAAGCCAUGUCUCCCUACAUGUCUCCUGUCACCUCCUACCAGGUACAGAAUCCUUCCUGGAUGGCCCACCAGCCUUACAUCAUGCAACACCCACAGGCUGUAAUGUCGCCCUCUGUGGACCACACCAUGACAAUGCAGCCCACCGCCGUCAUGACACAGCAGAUGGGCCAUCUCUCAUUGGGCAGCAGUGGAGCGCAGUAUAUUUCAGCCAACGCUGCAGUCCAGGCAGCCUAUAUUCCUCAGUACGCCCACAUGCAGCAGACAGCCUUUUUCCCUCUUCAGGAAAAUGGUUCACAGCAACAAGUGGAUUCGUCCAAUAAUUCGUCUCCCUACAGUCAACAGAGCAAGUAACGAUAAGGUGACUUCUGUGAGCAGUAAUGGAUGCUGUGGGCGCUGACUCAUGAUGUCACAGUCACAGCCUCUCCUGAUCGGACCAGACCAGACUUCAGUAAGAACUCUUUUGCACAGCUUCAACCAAACAACUGUGUAUGAUGGAACCAACAGCAAUGAUACCAUGGUGUGUAAAACGAAGACAGAGGUGUAAAAAAUGGACAAAACCAACAAUUAUCCCCCCCCCCUCCUUCAAAACAGG